GCAAUGCUCUUUCCUCCAUCGACUGUACUCCCACUGCGCUGGGACAAACCUUCCCUCGACAUGUCUUCCUCACGUUCAUUGCCCGCCCUCCACAAAUGGCCAUUAUGCUCCGACUCUCACGCUUCCAAUUCCCUUGUUUCCCUUGUUGCUCUUGGUUCUUUGCAUUAUACAGCCAUGCUUGCACCUAGCAGAAAGCGUCCGCUGCCUUUACUCGUCGCAUUUGCUCUUGCUCUUCUCUUCUUCACAUACACACAUCACGCCGACCACGUAUACAGACAGUGGACCUCGUCACUCGGCACUCAACGUGUCAACGUUCCCGCCAACAGAACCUUAGGCUUCGGUGCCAUGGUCGUUGUCUCCAAAACCGGCUCCAAACGCAGGCACUCUCUAUUGCAAGCCGCAAAUGUGACCAACAUCGACCUCACUAUUCCAGAACAGCCGCAGUGGACCGAUGACGAUGUAGAAGACUUCCGCAACGGUCAAGAGGAAAAGGUGCAAGUCGGAUCAAUCCUCGCGUGGCUGGGUCAUCGCAACGCCCUGCAGUGGUUUCUUGACUCUGGCCUCGAGACGGCGCUCAUUCUUGAAGAUGAUGUUGAUUGGGACAUACAGCUGCGCAGUGUACAAGCUCCUCUCGCAGCCAACGCUGCACGCAGCAUGAUGCCCUCCAAGUGGACCCAACCUCUCUCCAAAUUGAAAGCGAAGAAGACAAACUACUGGGGCGACCAUAAAGAAUGGGAUCUGUUGUAUCUUGGACACUGUGGCGACUACUUCAACCAAAUCACCGAGGAUGGAGAUGUUCCUGAGGAUACCAACUACGACUUGACGGAUUCUCCACACAUCAUCUACAGCGAUCCGACACUGCCCGCUCGCCCUGAUCUUCACCCUUUUACACAGAGCCUUUUCAACACAUUGGAUAUGCCUGCCCAUUCGCGCAUUCUCCAUCGCUCCAGAUUUCCUCUAUGUUCUUUCGGAUACGCUGUUACACGCCCAGCAGCUGAACGUUUACUUGGCGAUCUCGCGACUCCGAAACUUAGAGAGGGUGGGCCAAGAGCUUUUGACGUUGCAUUACUAGACGCGUGCCAUGCUGGUUCCAAGACACCAUCGCCUACACCCUGGAGAAACCCCUAUCCCCACCCGAACCCACAGUUACGACACAAGUACGCAAGUCCUGGCCUACGCUGCUGGACAUUGAAUUCGGAACUCUUCCAUCAUAUGCCAGGUAACAGUCAGAUUGCUGAGAUUGGAUGGGAAAUGGGAGAAGAUCAUGGCAUACCACCAGUGGACUUGGCUGGCCAAGCGCAAGUCGUUCAUCGAAAUGAAACGUCGAACAUUGGAUGUGGAUUCUGGAGUCGCGGAUUUGCAUUCGAGGACAAUGACGACCAGCGACUAGAUUGGUUGCAAGAAGAAGUCGGUCGCAAAGGGAGGUGUCUGAAAUACGACAGAUGA